AUGACGACCAAGCUAAACGAGCGGCUCGAGGAGUUGACAGCUUUUCUUCUGCAUGCACAAGCAGUAGAAAGUAUUGAUGAGACGUUAAGUCAUCUGCGGCUGGAGGUGUCAGAAGCUAUGAUAUUAUCGAGGGCUUCAGCGCAGCAGUGUACGAUCCUUUUGUUCCAGAGCGCAGAACCGCCUAGUCUCUUGCGCUUUUUGAGCACCAGUGCCGAGUUCACGGACGGUGCGCGUAAGCGUGAGAUUUCAGCUGCCAGAAUCGGCGUAUUCGAAUUGCUAUCCGCCUUUCUUAAGGUCUACGGCGCACACAGCGCUCUCUCGAAGCAGCAUGUGAUAGAUUUGUAUAAGGUCUGUCAGCAGACGGCGCGUUCUGAUCCGUUCAAUCGAGUCAAAGCUCAAGCACUAAAUGUAGUCGUUAACGCGCUGAAAUAUGCACACAAACACACGACUAGUGAUGAGAUCGAGCCUCGAGCUUACGUAGAGAAGUUGUUCUACGACAUUCAGUAUUCUAAAGCGGCGCAAACUGUAAAGGGGCAAAUGCUGAAGGUUAUUGGAUAUUUGGUGGAAAAGUUUUCUGCAGAGCUGAAGAAAACUGUAUCGCCUCUGCUAGGGUGGAUUGAACACGAAUUGGAGAAACAAUUUUUAAGCACCUCACCCGAGAUGAUGAUUGUGAAUGGGCUACUAUUUGCAUUGGCCCGUCUUCUUAAGUGUGACGCAGGAAGAUACAAGCAGAAUGACGCCUUGCGGAAGAAAGUGUACUCGUACCUGCUAACGAUAUUUGCGACGACCACAAAUGGCAAUCUCUCGCGCUAUCAAGUGACAAAUUCGGCUGAACACUUUCUAGAAAAGCAUGCGCAAGUAUUUCACGAGGAGAUUGGCCCAAAUAGCUUGGCGUGGUUUUCGUACAUGAAAUCUUGCUGUCUUAGCGACAAUAAGACUGUCAAGCAACAUGCAUUUGAGUGCUCAAAUUCGAUUUUGCAGGUGUUGAAUUCGUACUUGGCUGAAGCAAAAGAUGACAUGCGAAAAAAAUGUCUGAAUAAAGUAUUGAAGGAGGUUCUUCCUGUUAUAAGCGAUUUUGGCGCUAGUACAUUAGCAAUCACAUUUGCCUUGCAAUGCUUGGGUUGGUUUGCUUCAUCGAUUUUUACGUAUCUUGGAGCAAAAGGAUACAUCAAGAUCGAAGACAAGCUGAGAGUAUAUGGAGAGUCUCUUUUGGCACUGGAUGCGAAAACGACAGCAUGGAAGUGGUCCCUCAUUUGUCAGUAUGUACAAUGCAUCGGACAGUUUGUGCAACAUCGUUCCGAUGUCGUGCUUGAUGAAGGCUACAUCAUGUUUUUAGAAAGAAUUCUAUGCCAUCUUAUGACAGCUUAUCCCCAAUGUCUUUUGAAGUCAAAAAGUGUGGUGCACAAGUCGAUUGCUGCACUUUUUGUUUCUUUAUCGAAGUGGACCGUGAUUGACCCUGUCGUUGAUCAAUUCGUCCAUCACACUUUAUUGUUCAGUAUAGCAGACAUCACAGAUCCAGAUCAAGCUGUCAUUUAUCAUCCAGGUACAGGCGAGCUGGUGACAAAUCUUAUAUACGAGUACGAAGGUUUUUGGUUGAACUUCCUACGUCUUCGCUCAGAAAGAGUUGUGGGCAUACCAUGUAUACCAACAGAAGCUGGCAGCGGCGAUGUUCAGAGGAUAGAACUCAAAAAGUUUGACCGCACAUUGCAGGCUAUCAUCCUCGACUCCACCGUCAAGCACGUACUUGCUAUAAUAAGGAAGCUUAAUCUUUCGUAUCAGUUUGAUUCACAGACGACAAAAAUAGGGAGGGAUGCGACAGGGUAUUCACCUACUGUGCCUCGAGACCACUCAAUCAUGCUUAAUUUAACCGAGUUUGUUGAACGAAUUCUCAGUCAAGUAUUGAGCUCUCAGUUGUGUCCAUGGAUACCUUUGAUUAUGAACCAGAUUUUCGCUUCCAUUUGCGACUUGCCGCUUGUGUCAUGUUUCUACCGAAUUGGAACGGUGAUGACUAAGGCAAUGCAUGAACUUAAUUAUUUCAAAUCAGCAUCAUCAGUUGACACAACUGAACAGACCCGAUUUCGAAAUGACUUCACUUCUUGUGUCCAACAAGUAAGUUCUCAAGCCCGAUUUUACCAAGAUGAGCUUCGUUUGACGAGCUCUGAGUUUGUCCUGACAGCUCCACUUGGACUCGUAGCUAUCCAUGCUAUGGUCGGUAUUGUUAAAUCGAUGUUAGAUCUUGGCAGAUCCUUUAUUCCCGCCGCUGUCGUGGCUAUUGCGGCAUUAGAACGGUGGCAGAAGCAGCGUCCAAACGAGCUUAAUGAUGUGAUUUGUGAUAUCAUUCCUCUUAUCUCGGCAUAUCUUAAUCAAGAAAAGCUCGGCGAGAGAGAGCACCUGCUUGAUAAAGCGACCUUACAAGGUGUGAAAGCCACGGGUUCGGACGAAGCCUCUGAUCUCGCGCAAGUGCAACGUCGUUUGCUUCUACUUUUAGGACGAUGUGAUGGUAAUAUUUUGCUCCUUGUGAGCGAGCCCUCCUCUCUGAUUACCGCCAGCGGUAUCGUGGGAGGCAUAUUUUCGCCGCAUUUUCGCUUAGAGCUCCGGUUAAGCGAGACUCCCUUAUCGCUGGCGUUAGAUUCAGUGUUAUCUCAUCUCGGAAACUUGGCAUCUCAGAGUUCUGUUCGGCGCGUGAAAGUCAGCGCAUGUGAGAGCUAUCAUGCCAUGAUCUGCUACUUAUGCGGAAAAACAGCUACGCAUCCGCAUACAGCCGGAACGAAGACCGAUUUUUACGAUUUGUGGCGUGAAGUAUUUGCUCGGGUUGUGCGAUUAGCUUCAGAUUCUGAAAAAAUAUGUAGGUCACUUUUUGAGCCUUUACUAUUCCAGCUACUCCGCUGGCUCGCCAUCAAUAGUGACACAUACCCGUUUGAGUAUUCAAGCAUGCUGGAUGAGCUUACGCGCAGCAUGUCAGACUCUGAAGCUGCUGUUCGCACGCUCUCUGCUCGAUGUAUUGCAACACAACUAUCGCUCGCUGUGGAUACUCGCUUGCCACAAAUUAAGGCUCAUUAUAUCUUCAACAGAGUCUUUUCACUGUGUCGACAUCCAGGAUCUGUUCAACGUAGUGGUGCUGCAGUCUCGAUUAGCUAUUUUCUACAAAGUCUGAGAGAAGAAGAUGGAGAGGCAUUGACGCGAUUUGCAAUGCCCUGUCUAAAAAAUCUGUUGUAUGCGUUACGCUUGUGUGACAGUGAUGCCCAAUAUCAGAUCGGUGGAGAUGAUGUAGCGCGUGAAAUUAUGCUAAAUGCUGUGAUGAAAAUUGAACGCGGGAUUUGUCGAUUUCCUCACCUCUUUUUAAGCGAUAGUUCAACCACUUACAGCAUUGACAACGACUACACUCUUCAUCAAAUGACACAAUGGCUAUUCCAGCAAACUGGCGCUCGCGAACAGUCAUUCCGUCGGCUGUGCCGACGAAUUUUCUUGUCGUUCAGUGCGCUGAUCAGUACGUCGACUACCGAAUGGAUGCAUAAUUAUGAAACGGUUCAGGAGCGUAAAUCAAUCUUGGCCGUAAUGGUACCUCUGAGUGCUCUCGCACACACAGUUAUUACGGUUGAUUGGUUGGAACAGCUUUCAGCAUGUAUCGAAAACUACGUUUGGGUCGUUGAAAUGCUCGGCGAUAAAACAAGAGGCAUUUUCGAAAUAUGCGGAUCACAUUCCAAAAAAAAAAGUGUAAAGCGAAAGCAUACUGCUGAGGUGAGUGACACAAACGAGAACAAUUGCCAGCAGACUCUUUCAUGGGCUAUUCUUACCUUUUUGAAUUGCGAUGGCUCACGGAAUUAUCGAUCGAAGCGAUCUCGCUGGACCGAAGCAUACCUGUCUGUUUUGGUUUCGUUAUGCAAUUUUGUGAAGGCAAUCAUGAGCCACGGCAAUAUAUUGCUACGCGAAACUUUGGAUUUGGAUAAUCAGUCCUUACGAGACUCUGUUGUUGGAAAGCUUGUUGAGGUUCUGUUUCAUCGGGCUGAUCUACAGCUUCAUAACGCAAGUUCAUUUCGCGCAAUUGAGGAAUUUUGCUCGUAUGUGACAAUGCACAGCCCGCAAUGGGCACAUCAGAUGCAGAAGAUGAUCGAUCGUAUGCUUAUAAAGCUACAUCAAAGCCUCGCUGACGUAUCCAGCAGCGAAAGUUUAUCCGACCACUCUGAUACUAUAACAUCUCUGACACUUUUUGGAAGCAAGGUAUUAAGUGCUGAACUUGUCAAAUCUUCUGCAGCUGACAACUACGCAGAAAUUUUUGCGCUGGUAGCACGCAAAAUCGUUGAGUAUGGACACGGCUCUCCCCAGGACCGGCUUGUUGUGGUUGCAGCACUUCAGGCCGCAGCUGCCAGUGAAUGGAAUAUUACAGAUAUUUUUCUAAAAUCUGCUGAUCGGCGGAUGUAUGCAUCAAUUUACAGUGAUGUUAUUCAUAUGUUGCCUACACUUGCGGUGUGGAAGAGGUGCGCUAGCAAGCUUGUCUCUUUGUCUCUCGAGAAUGACUUCGUUGUCAAUGUGUUGAUCGAUAUUCUUCGCCAAGUUGCUUGCUCUAAGGUGUAUUUGCGUAAGUCCGCCGAAUGGGAUGCGUUUACAGCAACGCUUGUGGCAGCAGUCAAACAGUUCAUCAACAAGUUAGAGACUGUCAAGCGGGAAACGCAGCCGGCGCUGUCGCUCUUACAAAUUCUUAAGCAUUUUGUGGAAUUAAGCCAAAAUUGUUCAUCAACUUAUGUCGAAGCUCUACGACUUGGGCCUAUUUUAGAUAUUCAAAAUGCUUGCUCAUUAUUGCUUAAGCAGCGUGGGUGUAGCUAUCUAGUGAAAGCUGAUUUAUUGCAGAUACUGGGUUUGCUGGGACCGUCCUCAAUUCUAGCCACCAAAGAACGACAACCCUCCGAUCCGAUUUUGAACGCGCUGAUCGCCUUUGUUUUUGACGAGUUCCCUAUCGUAUCUGUUGAUGUUUCGCGUGGUUCAAGAGACUUCGAUGUUUUUCACAUGCUGUUUACCGAAGUUUUGCAUGUUGUUGAGCAAAGUAAAUCAAUCGCAUAUCUCAAGGUCAUCUACCCAAGUUUAAAAGAGGCAGAAUCUCACCUUUUUCGCGUUGAGAUCAAGCAGAUGCUUGCAAGAUUUUCGCUCUCGCUUAGCAGUGGUGUGCUGAAUGGGAGUGUGGCAAGCAGUGAAAUGAUACAACGUCAGAUGGCGGAGCUGCUGGAUUUGCUGUUAGACCCUAACGUGGAUGUUGCCAUUCGCAAAAUUCUUUUGGAGGAAGUAUUCACUCCUUUUGUUGAGUGUCAAACUGGUGAAAUACUGCUGCAUUUUUACAUGAUGGAGAACGAAAAAAGAAAGUCAACCAUUAUUAGCCUACUCGCAACCUUAAUAUCAGCAUCAGCUGAGGGUGCCUUCGAGGAAAGUCGAAUCGGGACGGUCGUAGCAUUUUCGCUGGUGGAAAUUUUGUAUCGACUAGUAGACCCUGACAUCAUUCGAUCUAAAAUCAAUUCAGCAUUUCUUGGUCACAAGAGCGGCAAGGGUCGAGAACUUACGAUGCUUGUAUGCAAAUGUGCGAGCAAGGUAGUAACGAAAAUUUACUUGGAAGCUGACGAUCUGGUUCGUUUGGCUUGCUGCGCAGCAUACAAUUGUCUGCUUGCCGCCAUUUCCCAGACUCAAAAGCAGGAAAAGCUUUAUGAUCAGAUUUUGUUCCAGUCAGCACUCUGGAGCAAUCUCGUGGACUCCGCGCUUGAGUACGAGCUGCGCGCCGAGACAGAAAACUUCGUUACUAUACCUUUGUCAAGCUUGUCAACCGUUUCUCUCAAACAAAGAUAUGAGGUUGACGUUCUAGAGAACGUAAGAACAAAGCGCAACAACUCUGCUGCCCUACAGUUCUAUACGAAUAGCAGCUUGAGUAUGGAUGCUGUGACGCUUACGGCUUCCACUGUGACUGAACCUCCAGAUAUCAAUCGCGGUGCUUCUUUAUACCAAGAUAUCGAGAUCGAGCUAGAUAAAAUUAACCAGCACCCAUGCAUGAUACCAUUACUACGUGUGCUUGUGCAGAUGAAGACGGAAUUUGGUUCCAAUUGGAAUGCAAAAGUGAUGCCUGGAUGGAUGCAAAGGAUUUUUGAUGUCAUAGUCGACCUAUCAACAGGUUUAAAUAUUCGAUUAUUUUUGGCGAAAGUGGUGCUUAAUGUUCCAAGCGUAUUUUCGACAUAUUCAUCGUUAUGGCUGCCCGCAGUAAUGAAAGCUCUUCUUGAUGUGAGUGCGGUACAAAAGGUUUCUGAGUUUAACUACAUUUUGCGUGACUGCUGCAACCUUGUGCUUAAUUCUUGGAAAGAUGUUGUUGUGUCGUCGCUCGACACCACUACCAGCCGAUUUGUCAAUACGCUUGUCAAGCUUUGUCCGGAUCGAAAUAAUUUGGUUCGUGACAGUAAUGUAUUACUCGUGACCGAGUUGAUAGCCUUAUGGAAAGAUGCCACGUACAUUAAUGUGCGCGAACUGAUUACCUUUAUGAUGUCUGGCGACGAAGAUACAAAAAUUAAAUACGCAAGGAAAUUUGUAGCCCUCCAGAUCGUAAGUGCGAUGUUGGUCGCUGGACUCAAAAGCGAAUUACAAGCUGAGGUUGCCAAUCAAACAAUCGAGGAUGGAAUUUUGUUGUGCAUGACCACUAAAGUAACCUCUUUAUAUACACUUGCAGCCGAAGUCGGUGGACUUUAUCUGCUGACCAUGGAUCAAGCGACCAGUAAAUGUUUUUUGUGCAAUCUGAAAAAAUUGAUCGCAGAUUCGUACACUUCAGAAGAAAUUGGGUACUUUCUAGCGAUCCUUCGUAAUGUAUCGAUACAUCAGGCAACAAUUGUCGACUCAAUAAUGCUCCAGCGUUUGUCAUCUGUGUUGUCAAAAGCUGUUUCAGUCGAUGCAUGGGCUUUGUUAGCAGCAGAUACCGUAUACAAUGCAUGUGGAAAUGAUGGUGUCGUUAAAGACAUAUUCACUCAUGUGCAGUCCGUGCUUGGCCGCUUUGUUGCCCACCGGCAUUCUGGAGUGCAAAUUAGUACUCUUCGUGCUAUAACACGACUGUUAGAUCAUUUAACCAUGUCAGAACUGAAUCGUCUGGUGGCAAGUACCUCUGAAGGAGGUUUUGAUUUGUUUAGAUACUAUCAAGGGCAUGCUCUUUCAGUAUGCCGCGGCCUGCUAUUCUCCAUAGCCAAGAAUUUAUACCACAAGGACAUUUCUGAUCCGGGGAAGUUGAAAGUGCGAAUUUCUCUACUCCAUGGGUUGUGUGAUCCUGAUGAAAUACUCCGAAACGAAGCUUAUAAUUUUUGGAGUAAUUUUGCAUCUAUUAAAAAAUCCUGUUUUGAUCGGCUACUUUCGAUUUUCGGUUCAUUGCACUCGUCUGAACUCGAUGAAAAUUGGAUAUUAUAUGCCACCAACAUUCUUCUUGGAUUAUCCAAAGAGUGCAAUGAGUUCAAGCAACCGCUUUUUAAAAUCUCGUUGGGUGGCGGUGAAUAUACAACUACUCAAAUUGACGCAAGUUGGGAAGCAAAAGCGCAGUCGAUGGCGCCUCUCUUUUCUGUUGAGGCGGAUAAAUUCUGGAAACGCCUACAGUCGACGCAGCAACCUAGUUGCCGAAAUAACACUGCUUUAUCUGAAUCUGAUAAAAGUUUACGUGAUACGAUGCAGUCGCAGCUAAUUUUCUCCCCUCAAGCAUCUGUCAGGCUUAAAUCAAGCUAUCGCCAAUCUAUUGUUGAUCCAACGUUUGAUUUACGGCAAAAUCGAUUUUCUACGCGACGAAACUUUGCAGAUAGCUCAGCGGUAGAAGACAAGUCGAUUAAUGACAAAAAGCUUUCAAAGCGGUUCUAUCAAGACAAGUAUGCUAUGCUGAAGAAGCAUGAUUUGGCAAAGAUGACCCGAGAACGGCAUCAAGAGCACGUGCGAAUCAAAAGAGCCUACCGUGCCGGUGAAUUUCCUGACAUUCAAAUUACACAGCAAGAUAUUGUGGAUCCCAUCAUGGCUCUCUGCGAGGUUUCCGUGGAAACUUCGAGUUUGCUGUUUGACGAAUUAUUCUCAUCGAUUGUGGCAACCAAUGAAUUUGAAAAAUCUGGAAUCGUUGAUGAGCUAACAGAAAAAAUUGAGGGGACGCUAACACUCUCUAAAGCAUCUUCUGUAUAUGUUGGCUGUAUUGUCUCAGCAUAUGUUGCCAGCAUGAUUAGGCACCCAAGCCUUUUCAAUAUUUUUGUACUUCGACCGAAGACGAUUGGGGACGCUGGUUUAGCUAGUGGGAAUCAUCACGUCAGUCAGCUGGCGCUAGAAGAACUACUAAUUUACGAAACCCAGCUUAUGGCCGGGAAUAUGAAACUAAAAUCAAACGAAUCUUUGACAGAAUGCUGGGACCUUCUUCACAAAUUGCUGAGCACAUUGCACAAGCGUGAUUUUCUUGUAGCCUUGUCAUUGGCAUGCAGUACAAAUGCUGAUUCCAAAAGAGCAUUACAAGAGCAAUUAUCUGGAGAUCUUCCGCUUGCGAUAGCAGCAUACAAGAAAGCUGAAAGUACACUGAGAUUGCAAAUGGAACUACUGGAUGGAGAUGACUUCGUCAUCGCUAAAAAUGAUGCCAUGCGAUGUCGAUGGCAGCGGCUCAACUGUAUGGAGACGCUCAAUAGCUGGCACGCGCUGAACUCGGAGAUAACUGAAGCAGCUAAUGCAGACACAAAUUAUCUGUGGAAGCAGCGUCCACCGUAUCUGGAGCAAGGUGUCGGACAUUAUUUGCGCUCAUGUCUUGGACUGUUGGAGGCUUCUCCAUCAAACGACCUUCUCGAAAGUCUUCAAAAUUUUAUUGGAGAUGCGGUGCGUGAUUCAGCCAAAGUUAAGCUGAUUCAGUCAAAAUUUUCUGUCGAAUUAUGCUUAGCUUACUUGGCAUCGGGUGACAAGAAUCAGACACGAGUCUGUGUGGAAAAUUUCUACUUGAAUUUUCUAAAAAUUUGGAGACAGACAAGUCCAAUGGCAACAAUUUCCCGCAUGGAAUUACUGCAAUCAUUGUCGUUGAUAGUGGAGAUUGACGAAGCUCUUAUUCGCUUAAAUGAAGAUGGUUCAGAUAUCUGCAAGAAUGAGAACCACUUCGGUUUUGUAAACGAAUGGAAGCAAAAGCCUCCUUUCACAGGGGAAGAGGGCAUGGUUCUUUGGUCACAGCAUACCAUGGUACAGAACGCGAUUACUAGCUUGAUGCUAAACCGAGCGCACGAUCAAGGGGUGCUCUCAAAUGAAAUCCGUUUGGUCGUUCUAGGGAUCAAGGGCCAUGCUUUGCUACAGUAUGCAAAUGCAGCGGUAUCAUGCAAUAUUUUAUCAUUGGCAUCAAAAGUGCUGAAAAUUUAUCGUGAGUUGUGCAACACUCAUCAACUUCCUAAACUAAAUGUGCGGAUGAUAGAGGUGUUUGUAUCCCACGUGCUCAAGUUGAUUGAUCGCCAGGAGCAUAAAUCAAGCGAUUCGACCUCGAUCAAACUUAUUACGAAAUACUACGAGACGGCAACAAAAUUGUUUAACAACGUGGAAAUUAUGCACAUGAUGAAGAUAGCAACUGCAAGGGAUCAAGUUGCAGUGGGUUAUCUGGAGGCGAAGACCUUUGCAAAAGCUGCGGCAUUUUACGCUUUUAACGACUUAGACGACGAUUUAAGCAAAAAAUUUUUUUAUCGCUCAUUAGACAGGUUCAAGGAUUCUUGCCGGCGCAUUGAUGCUGUUCUUAGCAAACAAUCUCAAGACGACGCUCCACCUGCAUUCUUGAGAUGCCGAUUAACUUACAUAGAAUUUCUUAACGACUUACUUUACAAACGACAAUUGGAAAAGCUAGCUAACUUUGCUGAUUCUAAAGUAUUGAUAAAGCUGUUAGCUGAGAAUGUUUUGCGGGGAAUGGCUGCUGGAGAUCGCGAAUGUGCAAACUACUUUCCUGGAUUAUGUGAUGUAGUUUCGCCUUACCCGGACAUUGUUGCAGAAUGUAAACAGUGUGUUCUGACGGAUGUCCCGCUUUGGACUUGUCUACAGUGGUCAGCCCAGCUUAUGGCAUUGCUAAACGGAGAUAUUGGAAUGACCAUUGUUGCGAUUCUUGAAAAAUUGGCUGAAAGAUACCCCGUCGCGCUCUUUUAUGAUUUUAUGGUCACGUGUAGGUCGUCGCGAGACAUAUUUAAAGUGGACUUACGUCGUUUAGAGGUUCUGCUGGCCAAUCCAGUCAUGGAAAAAUUUGUAGCCGCCCUGGGAUUAAUACACCAUCCUGAGCUCCGUCUAAAGGAAGGACUGCGUAAAAUUGCAAAUUUACUGGAUGAGAAUAGGACGUCGGAUGCGCGCCAAACGGUAGAGCUUUUGUGGAGGGACUGUUUUUCACCACAGCGUCAGCUCCUUGGUGCUCAAAUCGGUCGAUACAACCGUGAAUGGAGCCGAGUUGCAAAGCGAGACGUUGAAAAAAUAAUGGGCAAGGACGGGUUAAAAAUGACAGCAAAAACUGUGUCUGCUGCCCGAGAAUGGAUUAAUAACCAUUUUAGCGUCACACCUGGCAGAUAUGGUAUCACCAAAGAUAUGAAAGCGCAUCUGGGUGACUUUGCAGAGUGGCUACAGGAAUUCGACCACUCGAGCUGUAUUCUGGAGCUCCCAGGGCAGUACACGUCACAUUGGGGUCCGCCGGACCCAGCGACACACGUUCGAAUCUUAAGUUUUGACUCGAUGCUUGGUGUACUAGCCUCAAAGCAAUUACCGAAAAAACUGACAGCACAUUGUAGUGAUGAGAAGAAUUACACUUUUCUGGUCAAGGGUGGCGAAGACUUGCGUCUUGACCAGCGCAUUGAGCAGCUUUUUGACGUCAUGAAUCAAAUAUUUAAAGCAGAUCCGCGGUGCCGCGAUCAAAAACUUUCCUUAACUACUUACAACGUGAUUCCCAUGACGCAAGAAAUUGGUUUAUUGGAGUGGAUUGAUGGCACAUCGACACUCAAAGGACUUGUUGAGGCACAACUGCAGAUUGACGAACGUUGCGUCGGUCUUAAAAGCAACAACAGCCAGAAGCUGGACUUGUUUAAUACGACAGCAGCAAAGGCUUAUGAGUCAUUUCUUUUAGAGCAGCGGGGUGCAACCUAUAGCGCUAAGGUGGUUGCUUCUCGGUCGGAAGACGUUGUAGAUCACUUUGCGAAAGUUCACGCGAUGAUCCCACCAGACCUACUACGGCGUCAACUGCUUAAAUUGGGCUCAACAUCUGAUGUCUUUUUUCUUGUUCGUGACAACUUUCUGAAGUCACUAGCUGUGUUCAGCGCCUGUUCGUACGUACUGGGAAUUGGCGACCGUCAUUUGGACAAUUUCCUGCUUGAUCUCGGCAGUGGCCGUGUCAUCGGAAUCGAUUUUGGUGUAAGUUUUGGUGCCGGCGCAAGCGUUCUUCCAGUUCCAGAAUUGAUUCCUUUCAGAUACACGAGACAGAUGAAUUUUGUAUUUCAGCCGUAUGACGGGCCCAGUCUUCUCGCACGGGAAAUGCAAACUGUAUUUGAUGCUCUGCGCUCAAAACGACAAGUUGUUGAAAGCGUGAUGAAUGUCUUUUUACACGACCCGCUGCUGGAUUGGCAGCAAUCAAUUAAAAUAAAACAAAAAGUGUUGUUCAAGAAAAUCGUAAACGUCGAUUUGCACACGUCGCACGACAGCAACGCGGUAAUGAAGGAUGUGGAGACUUUUGCACCCACUCGUGAGUCACAAAGUAGAAAAAAAGCCUCUACACUACCAGCUACCGGUAAUUUGACGACUGCUUGGCUGCCUAAUGUUAAGAUUGCAAUUGCUCGUCGAAAGUUAGAGGGUGUGUCUCCUGCUUUGCUGCUAAAGCAGGAAUUGUCACAGAACCCUCACAUAAAACAGCAUCUCAACAAAUAUUACUCUCUUGUCAAUGCAGCAAGUACUGGUGAGGAUGGCGCAGAUGAGAUAGCAGCUUUAAGCUCUUUGGAGCAGGCUCAGCAAUUACUCGCAAUAGCAACAGCACCCGACUUGCUCGGCCGAACAUUCCAAGGAUGGAUGCCAUGGCUGUGA